UGUAGCAGGUAUGGUCUUUCUCUGGUCUGUAGCAGGUAUGGUCUUUCUCUGGUCUGUAGCAGGUAUGGUCUUUCUCUGGUCUGUAGCAGGUAUGGUCUUUCUCUGGUCUGUAGCAGGUAUGGUCUUUCUCUGGUCUGUAGCAGGUAUGGUCUUUCUCUGGUCUGUAGCAGGUAUGGUCUUUCUCUGGUCUGUAGCAGGUAUGGUCUUUCUCUGGUCUGUAGCAGGUAUGGUCUUUCUCUGGUCUGUAGCAGGUAUGGUCUUUCUCUGGUCUGUAGCAGGUAUGGUCUUUCUCUGGUCUGUAGCAGGUAUGGUCUUUCUCUGGUCUGUAGCAGGUAUGGUCUUUCUCUGGUCUGUAGCAGGUAUGGUCUUUCUUAUCUUUUAGUUGCUCUGUUUAAUAAUCUACAGACAUUUCUAAAAGGAUAAGAAUCAUAAUGUUAUUCUGGUGUGUUCUGUUAGGUGUCUCCACUUCACUUAAAUAGUUAUCUUUCACACCUCACUGAGUGAUGCUUAUCUGUGUUUUCUAUUCACACUCAGCAACUACGGCAGCAAAGUCUGGAAAAUGUUUACUGUCAGUGUGAGCCAAUAGACCUUGCCUUAAUUCUGAUACCAUUGUGUUGUGUGACUGUGUUUCAGUGGUACUGAGUCAGAAUGGCUGGAGUGUGACUUACACCACUCAGAGUAUCUGUGCCUUGAAGGGAUCAACAGUAUAGCUGACCUGCUCUUACACAUAUCCCAGUGGUUAUACAGUCACAACAACCUACUGGUUCACUAAAAUAUAUGUUGAGGAAAAUUAUGUGAGUCUGAGUGAUGACCCAGACUACAAAGGACGUGUGACAUACCGUGAGGAUGAAGAGAAUGACCACACCCUGACAAUCACAGACCUGAGAGAGAGUGACUCAGCUACGUACAUGUUCAGAUUUACAGAUCAGACUGGAACAUGGAGAUAUUCUAUAUACUGGUGAACCUGGAGUCACUCUGUCUGUCACAGUUACAGUUACAUUCAAUAUAGGAAAACUGUUGAAUUCCAUUUAGUUCCUGACAUUUGUCUUGGUUUGUAUUUAUGUCUGUAUAACAUAGGAUUUCUUCCAUCUUUGUAUUAGAGUGAUAAGUCAGUGAUAAAGGGAUUUACAGUGAUAUUGUUGUUUCUCCAGGUCUUCAGGUGAAGGUGACUGGUGGACAUCAGGAUAAGACACUGACCUGUAGCACCACCUGUACUCUGACUGACAACCCCACCUACAUCUGGUACAAGAACGGACAACAUCUAGAUGAGAGCACCUCCCCCCAGUACAAAGACCCAGUCUCCAGUAACUAUGACGAUAGUUACUCCUGUGCUGUAAAAGGCCAUGAGGAUCUCCACUCUCCUGCAGUGUGUCAGAUGUGUUGGAGUUUGACUUACACCCAUCAGAGUAUCUGUGCCUUGAAGGGGUCAACAGUGGACAUAUCCUGCUCUUACACAUAUCCCAGUUAUCAUGAGAUCAAACAUUCUUUCUGGUUUACUAAAUGGUCUGAUAUGGAUGCUGAAGAUCUGAGCUCAGUGCCAGGGUAUGAGUUUCAUAUAGAGUACCUUGGGGAUAAGAAGAGUGACUGUACCCUGAGAAUCACAGAUCUGAGAUUGAGUGACUCUUCUGGGUACAGAUUCAGAUUGAUAACAUCAGGAGAUAAGUUUUCUGGCUCACCUGUCUCCCUGACUGUCACAGAUGUUGUGUUGGAGAUGGAUCCUACAUCUGUGUCAGAGGGGGAGAAUGUCACACUGAGAUGCAGAACCAAAUGUACACUGAACCCCAUCACAGCCUACAGUUGGAGAUACACAGGAGGAAGUGAUGCCACAACAGACACACAGAGUGUCCAUCAUGAUCCUAACAGUGACACGUACACAGGUCUGAACAUGAGGACCAUGUCACCUGACUACGACACUCUGGCAAGUGUCCAUCCUGACCCUAACAGUGACAUGUGCACAGCUAUGAAGAAGAAGACCAGAUCACCAGAGUGACACCCUGGGAGUAGAAUGUGAGGGACUCCCCUGUGACACAGCCCCUCAGAUAGAUGCUGAGCCCUCCGAUUAUGAGAACUGAAGAGAACCACCACAGAACCUGGACUGAAGUCAACCAACACAGAACCUGGACUGUAGAGAACCAUAAAAGAACCUGGUCCGAAGAGAAGAGAACCCCCAAUGUUUUUUCCUUGUAAUGUUAAUUAAAUAUAUUGAAGAUAAA